AUUGUUGUAACGGCUAGUAAACCAAGUUCCCUGAGAAUGGAAGCAGGGCAACAGCAACAGCAACACCAUUCAUGGAAACUGAAUGUUCAUGCCAAGGCCAAGAACUUCAAUUUCAAAUUGGUAGCUUCAAAUUUCUUACCCAAUUCCAAGUAUUUUCCAUUCUCUCUCAAAUUCAACUGCUGCAGAUUCUUCAUCCAUCUCAAUUCUCAAACAUUCAUCUCUCCGAAUCCCCAGAAACCUAGAUCUUUCAAAUCAAAACUCCAUGGAUUCCUCCAGAGACUCCGCCGCCGACGUUCCAAGAACAACAGAGUCACCAGUUCCAAACCAAAGAACAAGGCAACCAUUUCUCAGAGUUCAGUGGUGUUAGGGAAUCUGCUCCUUUUCCUUCAAUCAAUCUAUCAAGGGGAUAAAGAUGGAAUCUUUAUACUUGGUUCUAUUGUUAUUAUUUGCUUUGCUUCCUUAUUUAAAAAAAUCAUGGCAAGAAAAGCUUGGAUUUUGUUGGUUUUCGUAACUGGUGCCCUAGUUUUUUUCUCGAAUGUGAUGCAUCUCAGAUUCAGAAGCCAGUUUGAUCAUCAGCACUAUCUGUCCGGAUUCUUUUGGAGGGCUUUCAAAAAUGUUGCCUCCUCUGCCUGUUUUUAUAUACUAUCUCAGGUGCUUACUGCUAUAUCUAGACUAAUAUGACUUUUCUAGGGCCAAAGUCUAAUUUGAAUGUGCUAAAUCUGAUUGUUCUGUUGCAAAUUUCAGUGUCAAAUUGUCCUCUUAAUUAGUAUACCUUUGUUGGAAAUUUCAAAGUCAAAUUGUUCUU